AUGCCUUCGGGAUCCGCCAUGCACCCCUCGGGCGUGUCUAUCCAGCUGCGGCAGUUAAUAUACUACCACCUUGACAACGGCUUCUACCAAAACGCUUUCUUCCUGGCGGGGCGCCUAUACGCACUUGAUACCCGAAACCCAGACUACGUACACCUCCUCGCCCUCUGCAAUCUUCGGCUGUGCCGAUACAAAGCCGUGUUUGACCUCACGAAACCGAAACUCCACCAACCUAACCAUUUAGCAUGCAUGUACGUCUUUGCCCAGGCUUGUUUGGCUCUGGGGCGUUACGAUCAGGGAGCGCAGGCGCUGUUGAAGGUUCGGAGCCAGUGGGCGGGGAGAAAUCAUUGGAACAAACACUCUGAGACUUCGAGACGGCACAUCCCGGAUGCGGCUGCCUGCUACACCCUCCUUGGGAAGCUGUACAACGCGCAUGGCAACGCAAAGAAGGCGAAUGAGUGCUUUACGGAAGCCCUCAAGGUAAAUCCCUUCAUGUGGGAUGCGUUCACCGAGCUCUGCCAUUUGGGCUCAUUUGUCCGGCCGGGGAACAUAUUUAAGAUCACGCCGGAGAUGCUCGCCGUCUUGUCACAUUCGACGUCUAAUGGCAUGUUGCCUCCGCAAUUUGCCUCUCAAGAGAAUUCUGAAACCAAGAAUCCCUUUGUAUCCACUCCCGAGGUCGACCCGUUUAGCUCCUCAACACGAAAUGGAGCAGACGUGGGAUUGAACCUCGGUGGGUCUAAUCUUUUCUCCCGAUUGAACGGGAUAGCAGCGGGACCUGGCCGUACUACGGUCGCGACGUACAAGGAAGUAGAAACACCCACAUCAUCAUCCAAUCAAAACAUACACGACGAGGACCUACCGCUGGGCUCAAUAAAUGACCCGAAUUAUGGGAACACUUCAGACAUACCACAAGCACCACUCCGGAAAACGAGGUUACAACCCAUGGGUACCAAUGAUGAGCCCCCGAAAAUGCGCUCGAUGACAUCGAGGGUCAAAGCGAGAAUGGGCUCUGAAGCCGAAACCACAGAGAUAGCAAGGCCAAUUGGCCAGAAUGGCCACAAGAGGACAGUAUCCGGCCACUCGACGCAUCAAGGGCAGACCGCUCCGUCGGCGGACCCUGCAGCGGCACCGCCCCGUAGAAGCGUGAGACUGUUGAACUCAUUGAACUCGAUACGGCCGUCAAGCAACAGGCUUGCCACGGCUCCCAGCAAGGAACCGGAUGGGAAGGAGAAACGGGAAUUGCGCAAAGUGAGAGCGACAGGGACCAGGGGUAAGACCGGGUCCAUACCGCAGGUUGGAAGAGUGAUCAGUGGUAAUCGCAAGACGCCCGUCGAGAUUCCGGAGGCUCCUAGUAAGCCCGACCCCAGGCCUGUGAGCAUUACCGCUCCAGUUGCUGCUCCUCCGCCGAGAAUGGCGCCUCAGAGUAACAUUCGCGAGGUCAUGGAGUCCUUGGAGUGGCUGCUGGGCCUCUUGCGGAAGUUGGCUACGGGGUACGCUCAGCUCUCUCGGUAUAGUUGCGCCGAGGCCCUGGAAACGUUUCAAUCGAUACCCCAACCGCAAAGGGACACGCCUUGGGUUCUCUCGCAGGUUGGCAAGGCGUACUAUGAACGGUCGCAAUACCCCGACGCAGAGAAUGUCUUCUCGAGGAUCCGGGAGAAGUUCCCCUCGCAUCUGGACGAUAUGGAGGUCUAUUCCAACGCACUCUGGCAGAUGGGAAAGGAGACGGAGCUUGCGCAUCUCGCUCACGAGUUGAUGGAUCAGGACCGUCUCUCGCCGCAGGCAUGGUGCGUCACCGGCAAUGCCUUCUCCAUGCAACGGGAGCAUGAUCAGGCCAUCAAAUCCUUCACUCGCGCCACGCAGUUGGACCCGUAUUUUGCCUACGGGUUCACUCUGCAGGGCCAUGAGCACAUUGCCAAUGAGGAAUACGAUAAAGCGAUGAUGGCGUAUCGGUGUGCGAUUACCGCGGACAAGAGGCAUUACAAUGGAUGGUAUGGACUCGGACAGGUUUAUGACAAGCUGGGCAAAUACGACAUUGCCGAGCAGCACUACCGGGCGGCCGCCAACAUCAAUCCUACCAACGCGAUCCUGGCCGUCAAGAUUGGCUUUGUCAUGGACCGCCAAGGCAAAACCGAAGCCGCGCUCCAGCAAUACCGCAACGCCGUGUCGCUGGACCCGCGGUCCAACCUGGCGCGAUUCCGCAAGGCACAAGCGCACCUCAAGCUGCACCGGCCCGAGGACGCGCUGCUCGAUCUUAUUCACCUGCGCGACACGGCGUCGGACGACGCCAAUGUGCAUUUCCUGCUCGGAAGGACGUACAAGAUGCUCGGGGAGCGGAGCCACGCGGUACGGCAUUUCACGGUUGCGAUUAAUCUGGAUCCGAAGGCGCAGCAGUAUAUUGGUGAAGUGAUGGAGGCGUGGGAUGAGGAUGAGGAGGACCUGGAGGGGGAGGGGGAUGGGGAGGGGGAUGGGGGGGUUGGGGGGUGGAGUAGUGAUGAGGGGAGGUGA